AUGGGCGCGUACAAAUACGUUGGAGAACUCUACAAGAAAAAGCAGUCGGAUGUCCUUCGAUUCUUGCUUCGUGUCAGGUGCUGGGAAUAUCGCCAGCUCAACGUGAUCCAUCGUGCAUCGCGUCCAUCUCGUCCAGACAAGGCCCGCCGUCUGGGUUACAAGGCAAAGCAAGGCUAUCUCAUCUACCGCAUUCGCGUCCGCAGGGGUAACCGCAAAAAACCCGUUCCAAAGGGUGCUACCUAUGGCAAGCCCGUUCGCCAGGGUGUAAACCACCUCAAGUUCCAGCGAGGACUUCGUUCCGUCGCAGAGGAGCGUGUGGGAAGACGUUGUGGAAAUCUUCGUGUUCUCAAUUCAUACUGGAUCAACCAAGACGGUGUCUACAAGUACUACGAGGUCAUUCUCGUCGACCCGAACCACAAAGCCAUUCGUCGCGACGCGAGGAUCAAUUGGAUCUGCAACCCUGUCCACAAGCGUCGCGAAGCUCGUGGUCUCACUUCGAUUGGCAAACAAAACCGUGGUCUCGGCAAGGGAAAUCGUUACAAUCACAUUCCUGCUCGCUCAACCUGGAAGCGCCACAACACCCUCUCUCUUCGUCGCUACCGAUAG